AAAAUAGAAGGCUUCCUUUAUGCUGCAUCAAAAUGAUGAAGCAAGUACAUUAAAGCCCACUGUGUAGUGCAAAUCAUUUCAGAGUUUACAUUUAAGAAAAAUAUUAAGCUAACUCAUGUCAUUUAUCAAAGAAAGCAGAGAUGUCAGUCAUGGAAUCAUAGAAUGGUUUGGGUUGGAAGGGGCCUUAAAGAUCAUUGUCAUGAUACAAUAAAAAAUGGUGGCAGUGAGCAAACCAGAGAACUGGAAGAAAAAACCCAGCAGCUCUAAAGAUAGAGGUCAUAUUUCUUAUGAGCUGUUUUCCUUGUUUUUAAAGAUCAUUGAUAAACAAUGAUCAGGUACCUCAGCCAGCUGUCUAAAUCUCAGUGCAGUCCAUAACCAGCUAAAGCCUAAAUAUCCAUCAGCAUUAUUCUGCCAGUUUAGCCUUUAUUAUUUAGGAUACAGUGAUGCAUGAGGAGAUACUUAAUUCUUCAUGGAGGUUUAUGUUUAGCUAGGACCAAAGAGAUUUACCUUAAAGCUAUACAGAAAUGAUGCUAUGAGGCAAUGGAAAGUGGUCCAGACGUAGCAUACAAAAUAAUAAAAAGUUUGGGUUGCCAGUUUGAUGGAUCUGCUGUGGCAUUUGACAAGAUGUAUGUAGCCCGGAUGGAGUAUAGCAGUAAAAGUUGGCCAGUCUCUACUUUAGGUGCUGUCUUAGCAAUCUUGUUCCCUUUGUUGUGUUUAGCAAAUGAAUUAGGCUGAAUCUGGAACAAAUCUGUGGGGCUUAGAGCAGACACAUCAUUACCCUUAAUUACUUGGAUAACUUCUGGCCUGACUUAAAGGCUGCUCAUGAACUCUUUGACUCUAUACUUCAAGCUCGGCGUGAACGGGAGAGUGAAAGCCAAGAAAACAAAGGCAAAGAGUAUCCUGAACACUUACCCAUGGAAAUACUGGAGGCUGGGAUCAAAUCUGGAAGAUACAUACAGGGGACACUGAAUGUCAAUAAGCAUAGAGCACAGCUGGAAGCUUUUGUUCGACUUCAGGGAUUUGGCAGCAAAGAAACAGAACUUCAAAGUGACAUCCUUAUUUAUGGGGCCAGAGCCCGAAACCGCGCGAUCCACGGCGACGUGGUUGCUGUUGAGUUACUGCCUUGGCAGGACUGGAAGGGAAGGACUGUUGCUCUUUGUGAAAAUGAGACUGAGGAUAAAGCACCAGCAGACACCACGGGGGACCCCAUGCCCACAGGUAAAGUCGUUGGAAUAAUUCAAAAGAACUGGAGGGAUUAUGUGGUCACGUUCCCCUCUAAAGAAGAGAGCCCAUCCCAGGGCAGAAAUGCUCAGAAAAUCCUUGUUACACCUUGGGAUUACCGAAUUCCCAAAAUCCGGAUCAGCACCCAGCAAGCUGAAGCAUUACAGGACUAUAGAGUUGUUGUGCGUAUUGAUUCUUGGGAAUCAAGUUCUCUAUAUCCAAAUGGACACUUCGUGAGAGUUCUAGGAAGAAUUGGAGAUCUUGAGGGGGAAAUUGCAGCUAUUCUGGUGGAGAACAGCAUCUGUGUUGCCCCUUUCUCAGAAAUCCAGAUGAGUGAAAUGCCCAUGAGUUCUUCAAAGAAUCCAUGGAAAGUGAAUCCAGAGGAGGAAAACAACCGUCUUGACUUGAGAGAUACACACUUGAUCUUUAGCAUUGAUCCAAAAGGCUGCCAGGACGUGGAUGACGCGCUCUCCAUUAGAGCUCUGCCCAAUGGGAACCUGGAGUUAGGUGUCCACAUUGCAGAUGUGACCCAUUUUGUGGCAGCAAAUUCUUACACGGAUGUUGAGGCCAGAGCAAGGGCAACAACUUACUAUUUAGCAGAUCGUCGGUACGACAUGCUGCCCUCUGUCCUGAGCGCUGACAUCUGCUCCCUUCUAAGCGGGGUUGAUAGGUAUGCUGUGAGUGUCUUGUGGGAACUAGAAAAGGAGUCCUAUGAAACACUGCACGUCUGCUACAAGAGAACCAUCAUUCGCUCUGCCUACAAGCUGGCUUAUGAAGCAGCACAGGGAUUAUUAGAUGGAGACUCAAGUGUUGUGGAUGAUAUCCUGGAAUUGAAAGACUUGGAUGAAAGAACUAGAGAGAAGAAGUUGGCUGAGCUGGUCUGGGCAAUAUCAAAGCUCACUGAUGUGGCACGACACGUCAGAGCUCAGCGGGACAGCUGUGGUGCUCUGGAGCUGGAAGGGGUGGAAAUCCGAGUGCAGCUGGAUGAUAAAAAUAACAUCCACGAUCUCAUCCCCAAGCAGCCGCUGGAAGUGCAUGAGACUGUGGCAGAAUGUAUGAUCCUUGCCAACCACUGGGUGGCAAAAAAGAUCUCGGAAAAUUUUCCUCAUCAAGCUUUGUUGCGUCAGCACCCCCCCCCGCGGCAGGAAUUCUUUACUGAACUUCGGGAAUGUGCCAGUGCCAAAGGUUUCUCAAUGGACACACGGUCUAACAAAGCACUGGCUGAGUCUCUGGAUAAAGCAAAUGACCCAUUGGAUCCAAUUGUAAAUAAACUGUUGCGAUCUAUGGCCACUUAUGCCAUGUCUAAUGCCUUGUACUUCUCCACUGGCUCUUGCCCUGAGGAAGAGUUCCAUCAUUAUGGACUUGCCUUGGACAAGUACACACAUUUCACUUCUCCAAUUAGAAGAUAUGCUGAUAUUGUUGUCCACAGACUCUUGAUGGCAGCGACUCUGAAGGAAACUACAGGAGAUGUGAAGGAUUAUGUAUUCAGUAAUAAGGAUCUUCAGGAGUUGUGCAAACACAUUAAUAACAGAAACCGGGCAGCCCAGCGUGCUCAAAAACAGUCUACUGAACUCUUCCAGUGCAUGUACUUCAAAGACAAAACCCCAGAAGCAGACGAGCGCUGCGUAGCAGAUGGUGUCAUUUACUCGAUUCGAACCAAUGGGGUGUUGGUCUUUGUGCCAAGAUACGGAAUCAAAGGUGCUGCCUAUAUGAAGAACAAAGAAGGCUUAGUCAUCUCCUGUCAGGGUGAUGGGAGCUUUCAGUGGAAACCUGGAUCACUUCAUCGCUCUCAGAACAGAAUUACUUCCACUGCAACCACAGGAGAAUCAGUGACAUUGAGCCUUUUCGAUCAUGUUACAGUGAAAAUACUUGUGCAGGCUUCCCGCUGCCACGCUGACACCAUCAAGCUUGAAAUAAUCAGGAACGCACCGUACCAGACUCCAGACACAGAGGCUUCCCAGAAGAAUUUCCAUGUGGUGAAAUCUGACUUAGUAAAAGAAGUCAGUCAGUCUGCAGAAGCAGCCCAGCGUGCCCAAGAAAAAGCAAGAGUUGAAGUCAUGGAUGAAGACUAUCAGAAGUACUGCCAGACCAAGGGAGCCAGCUUGUACCAGCUGCUGGAGGAGAUCAGGGAUUUGGCUCUAUUAGAUGUUUCAGCUGAGAUUAGAACUUGAGCUAUAACUGAGGAACAGCUGCUUGAUGUUCUGCUUCUAUUCACUUUGUAUCAUUGAUUUUGUUAUUUUUUUUUUUUUUAAACAGUCUAUUUAAAUAUUCAAGAAUCCUUUUAAUAAGAAACUAAAUGUCUAUUUUGAAUAAGAAUUAUUUUUCUCAUUAUGAAUGUGUAUGAGUUUUAAAAAUAUUUUAUACAUGAUAAAUAUCAUCUUCCAGACUGAA